AUGAAGGCGAGCGAAAAGAAGCUACGCAUAGGCUUCAUACAUCCCGACCUAGGCAUAGGCGGCGCCGAAAGACUUGUCGUUGACGCAGCCGUAUCACUGCAAAAACGAGGUCACAAUGUGACCAUUUUCACCUCUCGCCAUGAUCCAAAGCGUUGCUUUGAAGAAACCAGAGAUGGUACACUCCGUGUCCAUGUCCUGGGCGGCAGGAUGCUACCGAUGCGACUUCACCCACGGCUUCCCAUGACUAUUGUCUUCUCCAUCCUUCGCUCAUUGCUCCUCACCCUCCUCCUGUGCCUCUCAUUGCUCAUGCCGGAGCCUGCUACCUUUUUAAAUCCUCUAUCUCCUCUUGAGCCAUUUGAUGUCUUCAUUGUCGAUCAGCAGUCUGUCUGCGUGCCUGUACUCAGGCUGGUUGCGGGAACCCGAGUGGUCUUUUACUGUCAUUUCCCGGACAAGCUAUUGAGCGCUGGCUGGUCCAUUGCAGCGGACGGAACAGUCAAACAAAAGGCAGAUUUGGUUCGGAAAUUGUACAGAUGGCCAGCGGACAAGCUAGAGGAGUGGACAACAGGCCAAUCCGACGUCAUACUGGCUAACUCGCAGUUUACAUCUCGGGUCUACGCCAGUGCUUUUCCUUCACUUCGAAAACGCCCACCAAAGGUUGUCUAUCCGUGCAUAGAUCUGUCCAACUAUGACAAGGCACGGAAGACGAGUCUCACCGAUUCUCGUCCCACGCUUCUCUCGUUGAAUCGUUUCGAGGCGAAGAAAAACGUUGAGCUGGCCAUCAGAUCCUUCCACGCAUUGAAGACCCUCGUCCCGGAGAAAUUUGCCGAGAUGCGAUUGGUCAUUGGAGGCGGGUAUGACGACGCAGUGCCGGACAACGUCACCACUUUGGCCCACCUUCGAGCUGAAUGCAGAGAGCUAGAGCUUGACCAGGUCGAGUUUCUGCUCAACUUCACAGCUACUGAACGAAGUGCCCUUCUCAACAAUCCCAACACGCUCUGCCUCCUCUACACGCCGACCAACGAACACUUUGGUAUUGUGCCGAUAGAGGCCGGUGCCUGCGGCUUGCCAGUACUCGCUGUCAAUUCUGGUGGGCCGACCGAGACGAUACUAGAUGGCAAGACGGGUUUCCUACGUGAGCCGAAAACCGACGCAUGGGCAGAGGCGCUCGCCAAUCUGGUGACGUUGAGUCCGACACGCCGGAAAGAGAUGAGCAAGACUGCCAAGGAGAGGGUCACGUCGCUCUUCUCGUUAGACACGUUGGGUCGACACUUGGAGGAAUCCUGUCGCGAGGCACUGGGCAAAGGAGUCCUGAGUGACCAGCUGGGAGACAAGCUGAUCUGGAGUGGAGUUUGCUUGAUCGGCAUGUCGCUGGUGGCGAUAGCAAUCACUGUCGCUUUGACCUAG